CAUUCUCUCCGCUGUCCUCGUUCUCCCCGCCGUUCAGCUGACCAGUUCCUCCCACAACAUGGCGGCGGUAUCACUGUCAAACUCACCGAUUACUCAGGUCUCGCAAACACCCGUGCAGACCAACCUGCAGCCCCACCUCUUGACGAGAUUGCUCCUCGAUUUACGCGGAAAGCGGUUUUCCGUGGACCGAGAGACUAUUAUGAACCUUCCCGAAUCGGUUCUCCUCUGUCUGUUUCCGAACGGCCUCGUACUAAGUCGUCAAAGCGCGGCCUUAUCAGAUGGGGGCGAUAAUGACGACUAUGAGGAGAUGUACGCUGUAGACUUUGAUCCGGAUUGCUUCUCAUAUGUCCUCACGUUCUUUCGCAAUGCGUCAGACACGUUCUACGGGACACCCAGUUCACCUGGCCUAUUCACGGCACAGCAACAGUUGGUCGAGGGUGGUUCUCCGACAUCGGACUUUGGACCUGCACAGUCGCAGAACCCGCUUCUUGCCAAGCAACCCAUCAUUGUCCUUCGUGAGGAGCUUGAGUAUUUCUCCAUUCCACCGAAGGACAGCGGCGCGGUGACAAAUAGCAGUGGCAUUGCGAACGACGCGCUCCUGGAUCUGAAGAAGAAAUGCGGCGAUUUUCUUCUGCACAAGCGAAACAUCUUCACCGCUUUGCAGCGAAAUGUUAAUAAGGAGAACAACAUUGCGGAGCAACAUCUCAUCGACAUGCUGUGUAUGAGUGGAUUUGAUCGAGACGACGAGUGGGGCUAUCGUGCUAUGGAACCUUCACGGUGUUGUAUAUCCUCGAUAGCUCUUGUUCUAUUGAAGACUGGAAUUGUUCAUCACCCUCCAAAUGCCAGCGGUGAGAGACAAGUGACCAUAGACUAUAAUCAGAUGGCGACGGCGCAGAAGCUCCUGUUGUUCUGGCGUAAACCGGCGCGGAAGUGCUGGUGGGAUGGCAUCGAGGUGAACAUGGCACAACCUGGAGAACCAGAGAAGCCGGUGAAGCUAUGGGCGCGGAGAGUUUGGACGCUCGAAUUGAGUCUGGUCUAACGCUGCCAGGUCAUUGGCGUAUCUGCUAUUCCUCUUACUUACUCCUGUUACUCUCAUGUCGGACUAUCUGGAUACCCCCAUUUUGUGGCGCGCUUGUGGUCACCACAGGCAUAAUAUGUUCCUUCCGCUCCGCGUGGAUUUACGUGAACUGGUUUCGAUUGCAAUCAUGUACGCUGAUGAGCAUGCGCGUGUAUCCGCAGCUAGUGAAUGUCAUUCAUGUCAACGAGCCAGU